AUGGCAUGUCCAUCCACUAUUGUACCCUUGAGAGUGGAAAGGCAUGAGCCAGAACUUAUAGUGCCUGCAAAGUCCACACCCAAUGAAAUAAAGCAUCUCUCAGACAUAGAUGACCAGGAAGGUCUUCGCUUUCAACUCCCUGUCAUAAUGUUCUACAAAAAAAAUCCAUCCAUGGAGGGAAAGGACCCUGUGAGGGUGGUCAGAGAAGCACUGGCUAAGACACUUGUUUUUUUCUACCCAUUUGCUGGUAGGCUUUUUGAAGCCUCCAACCGAAAACUUAUGGUGGAUUGCACCCAACAAGGAGUCCUCUUCAUAGAAGCUGAUGCAAAUGUUGGGCUCCACCACCACAUGCUUCAGCCACCAUCUCCUUACUUGGACCAGCUUUUGUUCAAUGUCCCUGGCUCUGAUGGAAUCAUUGGUUGCCCUUUGUUGUUGAUUCAGGUGACUCGUUUUGUUUGUGGUGGAUUUGUGUUGGCACUGCGCCUAAACCACACAAUGUGUGAUGCAGCUGGUUUGUUCCAAUUUCUCAGCACAAUUGGUGAGUUUGCACAAGGUGAACCAAAUGCACCUUCUGUGACUCCUGUGUGGGAAAGGGUAGUGUUCAACGCAAGAAACCCCCCGCGCAUAACAUGCCCACAUCACGAAUUCGAAGAGGUAAGAGACACAUCAAUGGCCAUGGACAACAACAACUUGAUCCAGAGGUCUUUCUUUUUCGGACAUGAAGAAUUAAUAGCCCUCAGGAAACAACUGUUGGGAAACGUGCAAUCCUUUCAUCUUCGCGGAACUAGCCCAGUCAUAUUCGCCUGUCACCGUUCCGAAUCCUCCGGCCAAGUUCAGCACACCUUGCCGCAAGUCAACCGCAGUUCAUCCACAGCCGAGUUUCUCCUUGCCUUCGGCGUUGCGUCGAAAACCCACUACCGUUCAAUCUCGCCAAGCACCGCCGCAAGCCCACUACCGUCUUCAUCCUCGCCGGUCUGCCAUCACCACCGCCAGUUAGAUUAUUCACAGCUGAGCUCUCCACAUCACGGCCGCCAUCAUCCGAAGCCGAACCCUCCAACAGCAAGCUCACCGCUGAGCUCUCAGCCGCCUACAUCCUUGUCUAGUUCACCCUUGUCUCCAACCUCGAUCUCAGCAACACCCCACCUUCACUGCCCUCUACAACCAAUGAUUGUGAGGAUGUAG